AUUUUUUACAAGGGAAUAAUUCACUUUGACACCGGGGCACAACUGCCAAGGAAAUUUACGUAAUUCGUAUGGUUUUAUAAUCUUUGACAGACAUGGCGAGUUUGUGUCGCAUUUCUCCCGCCCUACGACUUUCAACUGGUGUUAAAAAUCUUGCCCCAAGUCUCACAGUAUGCAGAAACAACUCAACAGAAACUAAACAACCUGAAAAGACAAAGUAUGGUCCGCUUCAUGAUGAUGACAGAAUCUUCCAGAACUUGUUCGGUCGUCAUGACUACAGACUUAAGGGAGCAAUGAAAAGGGGUGUAUGGUACAAAACGAAGGAGAUUGUUGAUAAAGGAACUGACUGGAUCCUGAAGGAGAUUGUCACCUCCGGGCUUAGAGGGCGUGGUGGGGCCGGGUUUCCUUCGGGCAUGAAAUGGGGAUUCAUGAACAAACCCAGCGAUGGCAGACCAAAAUAUUUGGUAGUAAAUGCGGACGAGUCUGAACCAGGCACUUGUAAGGACAGAGAAAUAAUGAGGCAUGACCCCCACACACUACUUGAGGGCUGUCUUGUAGCAGGGAGAGCCAUGGGCGCUCGGGCAGCAUACAUCUAUAUUCGAGGGGAGUUCUACAACGAAGCCUCUCAGCUUAAUGUGGCAGUGAAAGAGGCAUAUGAUGCGGGUCUCAUUGGGAAGAAUGCAUGCGGCACAGGGUACGAUUUCGACAUUUACGUUCACCGUGGGGCCGGGGCAUACAUCUGUGGAGAAGAAACUGCCUUGAUUGAAUCUCUAGAAGGUAAACAAGGCAAGCCCCGCCUGAAGCCGCCAUUCCCUGCUGACGUGGGUGUGUUUGGAUGUCCCACAACUGUAGCUAAUGUUGAGACUGUUGCCGUGGCACCUACCAUCUGUCGGAGAGGUGGCGAGUGGUUUGCUGGCUUCGGUCGAGAGAGAAACAGGGGAACCAAGCUGUUCAACAUAUCCGGCCAGGUGAACAACCCUUGCACAGUGGAGGAGGAGAUGUCCAUCCCCCUCAGAGAGCUGAUCGAGCGACAUGCGGGUGGGGUAAUCGGAGGCUGGGAUAAUCUUGUGGCCGUUAUUCCUGGCGGGUCGUCCACACCUCUUAUACCCAAAAAAGUUUGCGAUGAUGUAUUGAUGGACUUUGAUGAUCUGGUCAAGGUUCAGUCUGCCCUUGGCACAGCAGCCAUUACAGUCAUGAACAAGGACGCGGAUGUUGUCCGAUGUAUCGCCAGACUCAUGCACUUCUACAAGCACGAGAGCUGCGGACAGUGCACUCCAUGCCGAGAAGGAACUGGCUGGAUGAAUGUUAUGACACACAGAUUUGUGGAGGGCAAUGGUCAGCCAGAGGAGAUCGACAUGCUGUGGGAGAUCAGUAAACAGAUUGAAGGCCACACCAUUUGUGCUCUUGGGGACGGAGCUGCAUGGCCAGUACAGGGUUUGAUUCGGCAUUUCCGUCCAGAGAUUGAAGCAAGAAUGGCGCAGUUUAACCAGAAGAAGCUCAAGGCUUAAAUUGUAUUGUGGUGUUAGCAUGACUUAGUUACAUGUACAUUUCCAAUGUAUUAAUGGUUUUUGAACCUCAGAAUGAAUGUGUUCUUAAGCUAAAUAAUGGACGAGCGAGAGUUUUAAGUUAAAUACGGCAUAUAUUUUUUACAGUUUCUAGAACAUUUUAUUGGUGAUUUGAUAAGAUCAGUUUUUAUGGGUCAUAUUGCUUCUGUUUGAAGGUCAACUCAAAAUUUCAUCCAUCAAUUAACUUAAGUGGCUCUAGUUUGUGAAUUUCAGUUGACAGAUUGCGUUUUACUUUGUUGAUGUAAAUACAAUUAUUUAAAAGGACAA